UCAGAGAGCCAAAGUAUUCUGUGCUCUCUCCCCCUUCUCUUUUUAAAAACGUCGUGGCCAAUUUCUCGAACAUCUUGCGGGCAAAGAAAACAUGGGUUCCAUUUAGUUUGGACCUAAGAAGAAGCAAAAGCAUCAAGACGUUUCCAUUAGUGAUCAGUCUCUAGUUUCAUCUCUCACUAAUUUCUGACUCAAAGAAUCGGACCCAUUUCAAUCUGUUUUCAGGGAAGCGUAGGAUAACAAGGGAUGCAGUGUCUGAAUCGAAGUGUCAGUCUGCCCUUAGCCAGACAGUUAUUGGCCCGCCACUUAUCCACCAAAUUAUUUGUUGGAGGGCUUUCUUAUGACACCAAUGAAACUGUUUUAAAGGAUGCUUUUGGAAAAUAUGGUGAAAUAAUUGAAGCAGUGAAAGUGAUUUGUCACCGAGUGUAUGGUGAAUCCAAAGGCUACGGCUUUGUGCAGUUCUCUUCUGAAGCUGCAGCCAGCACUGCUUUGAAAGAAAUGGAUGGCCAGUUGCUGGAUGACCGAAAUAUCCGUGUGCAUUAUGCUCAUAAGUGGUCAUGAGGAGGAGCUUUUGUCUUGUCUGAUCCAUUACACAGGGUAUGCGAAUUUCACAUUCGUAGUCAUAGAGCAGUGAUAAUAUUUGUUGAAAAUUAUUGGGUUUGUUCCGUCAACAUUUCUGCGCAUCAUGUGUUCUUACAACUUGGAGUGCUUUACUACAUGUUUAGAUUAUAAGUACUUGUUCUUGAUAUCUUCCAGAACUAAACAGGACAAAUUUUUUUGAUUUCCUGACAACACUUGGCUAUUACAGGUUAGAUGCUGCUUAUUGAGUGAGGCUUUCCUACUGUGCAAUGGUUCACCAAACAUGCCGAAAGUAAAAAUAGAAACUUCUAUAUUACUUCUGUAUCUCUUCUUUUUUUCUUACCCGAUUGGUUUCUUAGAGUAGAAAAUAGGUCAGGUUUUAUUGGGAGGGGGGUUCAGAUGGGGCAAGAGACAAGAAUAUGGAAGCAGAUCCUUUUACCCUAUUGGAAACUAGCCUGCAGUUUCGUAGUUAUUGUACUUGAAGAGUGCGUGUUGCAAGUCUAUGCCUGUAUUCAGUUUUUGUUGUGUUCAAAACCCAGUAGUUGUAAGUUAAAACCUACAUUUUCUUACAA